CAGUGACGGUGCUCCGGUGGUGAUGUGAGAGGCCUCAGGAGGGUCAAGUUGAGUUCGAACUGAAGAGACGAGCGCGGGUCGCGUUCGCAAGAGUGGCCCGCCUCGCCAGAAGAGCAAAAUAUAAACUAAUAAACUAAUACGAUUACGUAAAAACACAAACAGCUAUUACAAAAAUAGAAGUCAGCGCAAAAAACAACUGCGUCACGUGAGAAAUUGAAAACGCCACGUGAACAUAAAUAAACUAUUGGUGAUGUCAUGACGAUCGUGACGGUGAUGGGGUGGUAAUGUCUCGGGUAAUCUCUGUGCGCUUCGUGGAUCGCGAUGGGCGCGUGCUGCCCGCGCGUGGCCGCGAGGGCGACUCCCUGCUGGAGGUGGUCACCCAGAACCAGAUCCACGUCGACGGCUACGGCGCGUGCGAGGGCACGCUGGCGUGCUCCACGUGCCACGUGCUGCUGCCCCGCGACACCUUCCACAAGAUGGAGCCGCCCGGCGACGACGAACUCGACCUGCUCGACCUCGCCACCGGGGUCCAGAGCACAUCUCGUCUCGGCUGUCAGGUGACGCUGACGCGUGACCUCCAGGACGCGACCUUCACAAUUGCCAACGGGAGCGUGGACACACGAAACCAGGGCCUCAAGCAGGACUGAGGGGCUCGCAACUCAACCAGACCAGGGGACCAUCAGACCCAACCAGCAACCAUCAGACCCAACCAGAGAUCAUCAGACCCAACCAGAGACCAUCAGACCCAACCAGAGACCAUCAGACCCAACCAGAGACCACCAGACCC